UCUCUCCUUCCCCUCUGCACCAACAGGGAACGCUGCUUGGGCCAUGGCUACUUCCAAGCCUGAUAUUCUGAUCAUUCUUCUUCAGAAGCUGAUGGAGGAGGGAAACGUGCUUUACAAGAAAGGAAAGAUGAAAGAGGCAGCCCAGAGGUACCAGUACGCCCUGAGGAAGUUUCCUAGAGAAGGCUUUGGUGAUGACCUGAAGGCAUUUAAAGACCUGAGGGUCUCCCUGUACCUCAAUCUCUCCCGCUGUCGCAGAAAAACCAACGUAAGCCUCUCAAGAGACACCCUUUUUCCUCUUUCCAUGACCAGUGCUGUAUUUUUAGCAUGAUCGUUUAAUGACUUUAAAUAACUCAUCUGAUUAUUUGUCAGCGUAACAAAUAUCAUGGGGCAUCAUUAAACUGACAUUUUGUGAAGAA